AGUGCAUACAUGUAAGGCUAAAGUAGGUAGGACCCUGAGAUUUAUAGAGGCUCUAUCGAUAAACCCCACCAAGAAAUUUCUCUGUAGGCAGGUACGACCCACCUCUAUAUUCAUGAAGUGGAUCAACAGCCCGUACCUGCAAGGCCUGCAAGGGUUCAACUUUAACUCAUCACCUACUUUCUACACUCAAAACACAACAACAGAGCAACUACAAGCUUCCUCAAUCAUCCAUACGUAAAAUACUGACAUACCACACAGGCCUAGUAGAAACCGCGACGGUUCGAAAUCGGACAGUGCUUUUCGAUCGACCUGAGAAUCGCGCGGUUCUUGGCUUCCUCGACCUAGAAACGAAUAAAUCUUUGGCAUCUUCCCAGAGCGCGGCCUAUGCCUCUCCACCAGUCUAUGCAUUUCCCGACUUCCCAGCACAAUGCUGAGAUCUCUCACAUCAACCUCAUUUUUGAUCAAUUCUCUCGUUUAAUCUGAUCCUGCUGGAUCCAUAGAUUCUUGGAUUUCGGCUGGCCAUCGCUCUAAUUACUACAUCAACGUCGCAGUUCCUACAGAUUGCCUUGUUGCCUGCGCCUACACUCAACCCUUUCUUACCUCAAACUUGCACUUAAUAGGUGGUCACCCUUCUACAGUCUAGCUCAACUCGGCACCUAAACAAACUUGACGCCUUGUCUCGGGGGUUACCGCUAUGAGCGAUUCCAUGAAGGAAGUUGUCGAGGCGCUCGACCCCGUCUCCCGACAUCUUAUCCCUCCCGAUAUUGCCUUAGGAACUCUAGUACCUCUUAAGACCAUACUCGAACUAAGAGACAACCUUUCUCUCGGCUUAGCCUAUGUCACGCGAGCUCCCAAUAAAGUCACUAACGAUGUUGUCAAUAUUGCCCGAGCUCUAGCUGGUGAUGAUGCAGCUAAGAACCUCCCUCACCUCCGUCGGUGCGUCAAGCCUGCCGACAUACCACCUCAUCUCAAGACCCAGUUCAUGAAUGAAGGCAAUGGGCGACAGGUUCAUCUUGGUAAAUCCAACUGGCUUUACAUCGUGCUUGGUCCUAAGGAUGAGAUGUCCUACGACGAACUAGUGAAAGGUCUCGCCAACAUUGAUGACAUUAGGGAUGACAUCUUUGUAGGGACGAUCCCUGUUCCUUUAUUGGCACCCACCUCUCAGGUCCAGGCCAACAUGUGGUCACAACAGUUCUGGCAGACUGUCUACAGGAAGAACAACCCCCUUGGCCCUCACCCAAGUACUAUCUCUCGAACGGAGGCGGUUGUCUCUCGCGACGCCUCCGUAUGGAUGACCUUGGCGCACCAGAUCGCCAAAAAGUCACAGGAAGCCGGUUACGGAGAGCCUAUCGGCGCCGUUAUCGUCAAGCGUACGAUACCUGGAAAGAAUGAGUUUGGAAAACAAACCGCCCCAAAAGAAGGCUCUAGAGAGUCCGACUUUUCUAACGGCGAGGGUGCAGGGGCCGACGGUGACAAUUGCAAUCCUCAUCCCCAAGCUGCUGGAGGUGUGAAUGGAAUUACACACAGUGCUGCUGAGGUGCCUAAUGGUAUCGUACAGGACGUCAAACAGCCGGAUGCCUCAAACUUAGAGGCCCAAGCCCAGGACUCUACCAAAUCGGAUCCCGAGGCAAAAGAGACGACCCAGAUUGUCGCCAUCGCAGCCGAUGCUCGCUGGCACCAGCAAGAGAAGACGGGACGUAUCGGAAACCCCAUGGCUCACGCAGCACUCAGGGCUAUCAGCAUGGUAGCACAGAAGCUAGUGAGAGCUGAGGAUCGACCCAAGUCUGAACAAAAGAUGGUGGAAUUUGAGGCCUUCCAAGACAAGCCUCUACUUAGCGACGAGCAGUUAGUAUUCGACGAAGACCACCCCUGCCCUGAUGGUUACCUCUGUCAUGAGCUUGAGCUGUAUAUGACCCACGAACCGUGCACAAUGUGUGCCAUGGCAAUUUUACAUUCCCGAAUGGGCAGGAUCGUCUUUCGCCAUCGUAUGCCGCUAACAGGUGGUAUGAGCUCCGAGGAUCGAGGCUACGAUGCGUGCGGAGCCUCUGGUGCUUGCGGGGAAGGCUCGUGUGGUGGCGGUCAAGGCCUUGGACUCCACUGGCGCAAGGAGUUGAACUGGACUCUCCUAGGCUGGGAGUGGGAAUCGGACAGUAUUGAGAGCUUACCAGUCGAGGCGCACCUGCACGCAUAAAUAUUUUUCACUAAUCCCCCUACGCAUCCAUGGAGUUUGGUUUUGAGGCAAGCAGAGGAAUUAGGUAGUCCCCUUGCCGGAAUUGGCAUUACUGAAAGGCGCGGCGUCUCAUGGUUAGGUGGUUAUGAAGGGAACUACACUUAGGGCAUCAUAUGCAUCCCGUUUUAUUCAAGACAUUUUAUGUAUAAGUUGGACCGCGAACCUGAUCAGCAUAGGCAAGUCCUUGAUGGCGGACGUCAAAGGAUAUUCGUUGUAUGUUUUUGGACCGACGCUAGAUCGUCAUGUAGGUAUGCUAUACCCAAUCGCAAGAAAUUAUGAAAA